GAAUGCUCCCAAGUGGAUUGACAUGUUUUUAAAGGAAGGGGGAGGAUUUUUGUAAACAUUCAACCAAUAUUAACUUUGGUCAUCUGAUCAGAUGUCCUUGCUGGAGGUUGUGUUUUAUUUCAGCGCAAGUGAUGCCCGAGUCCUGGCCCUUAAUUUAAUGGAGUUCAGUUUCUCCAGAAAACUCCCUGAGGGUGUUUAAUUUAUUAAAACCGUUUAAAUGCUAAUUUUCCCAGCUCUCCAGCCACUUUGGAUUCUUCAGGGCAAACUUGCAGUGCCUUGGAAGAGAAAAAAAAGUUGAAUACUAGCCCUAUAAAGGGGAAUCAAGGACCUGUAAAUAUUGGGGAAGAGAAUGCAAAGAAUGAAUCGCAUCUCAUCUGCCCUCCACACCCUCUCUCCCUUCUCGUUUUGCUGUCUUUAAAUAGUUUGGUGUUUGAGUGGUAGAAGCAGGUGCAAGAGAAAAACCUGCAUGUGUAAUAGGAAAGCUACACAAAGCGUGCUUCAUAUAUACCAUCUGCCUCUUUGUACCUCUCCCUCUCAUUCCUUUCCACUGAGAGAGGGGUCCUGGCAGUCCAGCUUGGCUUCGUAUACGAUUCUGUUUAGAAGUCAGGAAUAAUUAGCUUUUGUUGGAUUGUGUUUGAAUGAGGGUCAAGUUUCUAGUGUCCUAGAUACUGCUCAAAAGUGCGUUUCCCAUCCCAAAGUCCUGUAACUCAGGCAGGCAGGGUACAGGCAGCACAGAGUCAGAUUAAAUGGGCAACUCCUGUUGGCCUUCUAGCUGCUGCCAUUACUGUUGUGCAUGCUAAGGACUUGCUUCCAGUUCUGAAGGGUUUGAGGCAGCCAUAUCAUUAAAGAAAUUACAGGAUUGAGAUACCACUGCAUUGCAGCAGCCCACGGGAGCUGGGUAUCAUACGAAGUGAAUCUAGUCCUUUUUAUAUUUAGGGCUGCCACUUCUGCCUGGGUGUAUUUACCAGCAGCAGCAUGCCGAGGAUACUGUCAACAGCAACUUCUCUCCUGCUUUCUUAUUAUCCAAAGCCUAAAUCUUGCCCAGAACGUGUGGUAAGAUAGAUGUGAUACACAACAGGAGAACCUCUGGCAGGGCAGUAUCUCCUUGAUCAGUUCUAGUUCAUAGCGUAGCAAAGGAAUCCAAUGUGUUACUGGGAUUUGGUCCGUUUUUAAUCUGUGAUUGGCAUGUUGGAGUUACAGACUUUUAAUGCAUAUAUGUAUCAUCUUAAACACUCUAGCGGUUACAGGCUGUUCUCAGGUAUGUGAAUAUGCUGCUGCUUGUGUUUGUGUCUGCCAGAGCGGCUUCCAGAGGAUGCACAGAGACCAUCCGCCGGUCUGCCUGGCUCCACGCCUUGUCUGAGGGACUGCUGAAGGUUAACUGAGCGGGACUGGCACUUGGUGGAACGAAGCCAGGAAGAGCUUGCAGCUCUCUCACGGGGCGGAAAGAUGGGCUCAGCGAGCCGCGGUGCCUGGCACUGCUUGAAGCUAGAGGAAUGCAGGGCGUUCAGCAGCAUCAACAGAGUCUGGCUGCUGCUGGAAAGGCGCUCUGCAGGGAGGAGGGGUGGGUUUGUUACAGCUCGAGCCUUGCCUGGCGCAGCAGCGUUAGGUUAGUGGAAAUGUUCUCGGGCAGUUCUGGUCAAAACGGUUUUGUCAGAGGGAACCACAGCACAGGGUUAUCUACUCCGUGUAUCUGACCUGUGGUCGUGAAUGGAGUCAGUGUGAUUAUGGACCCUGGAAAAGACACUGAGAAAACAUCCCUGAUCCUGCUUUCCCUUAGGAUACAUCAGGAAGAUGCUGUCAGGCAGGUCUGGGGGAUCCUGAGCAGCCAGCUCGGCCGUUACAAAACCAAGACAAUACUUCAUUUCCUUUUUCUCUACAUAGUAGCUUUUCCAGUGAUUUAUACCACAGCUUAUCCCGGGCACUGACAGGGGAGACUGCACAAGCUGUUCAGAGAAUUUAUUUUUCACUUGUUACAGCUGUGGAGCCGUGGAGUGAUAGAAUGAAACAGUGGAAUAGAAGAAGGAGGGUGCUAAGCAUGAGAGCUGACUGGAGAAAGGGAUAUAGAGCCCAUUAAGAGAGAAAAAAAAAAAGUGGAGAGAGGGGACUCCUGCUGAUUUGGGACUGCCAGCAAUAAGCUCAACAUCUGGGUGAUGGAUCAGUCAUCCACAGAGGUAGCUAUUGCCCCCCACCUUGCCUAAUUGGAAAUGAAAAAAAUGUUUAGCAAAAUAAACUAACGUUUAAUAGUGUGCUUUCUCCCCACCCCUUGUCAGACCAUCACGCUAAGCAUGCAAGCCAGCUCUCGUGACAAUCCAUCUCCUCAAUGUCGUGGGUUCCUGAGAUUGUAUCGCGCCCUUCCUCCACUUCUUCCACAGCUUCCUGUGAAGAGCUGCCUGCAACUCCAAAUGUCCUUAUCUUCAAAGCCCUCCCUGGCCCCGUGCCUACACCAGGAGCCACCUACAUCCCAUGCAUACUCUGCUGUCUGAUGUUUCCAUGUCCCCCGCUGCCACAGCUUAUGCCCCUAGGACUGCCGAGAACUGCUUCUGCCUACAGCAGCCUACGUCUAAGCCUGAACAAGAUCAAGAAAUGAGGUUGCCUGGUGUUUUCUUUUUUUCUUUUCGGAUCCAGAAAUGACGUUACCUGGUGUUUUUUUUUCCUUUAGGAUCCAAAAAUGAGGUUGCCUGGUGGUUUUUUUCCUUUCAGAUCCAAAAAUGAGGUUGCCUGGUGUUUUUUUUUUCUUUCGGAUCCAGAAAUGAAGUUGCCUGGUGGUUUUUUUUUUCCUUUAGGAUCCAGAAAUGAGGUUGCCUGGUGUUUUUUUUUUUCUUAUAGCUGAAGUUAAACUUGAGUUCAGUCCCAACUGUUUUCAGUUCCUGCUCGCAGUCCUCCCCCAUCCUUCAGGGACUGAGCAGAAAAAAAAAAAAAACCCACAACAGACUGCAACUUUCAUUCAGGGCUUUUCUCUGAGAAUUCCACCUUCCCUGAGCUGAGACUUUGACUCUCUCUCCAAGGAUGACGUCUAUGAGAAUAACCGCUUGGCCUUUGAAUUGGCAGAGCGGGAGCUGGGCAUCCCAGCCCUGCUAGAUCCCAAUGACAUGGUCUCCAUGAAAGUCCCCGACUGCCUCAGCAUCAUGACUUAUGUGUCUCAGUAUUACAACCAUUUCAACAACCCCAGCCAAGCUAGAGUCCCUCCGCCUAUGAAGCGCCCAGCUGCUGCCUCCUCGCCUCCUCUGCUGUCCCACAAGAAGCCCGUGGCUGCGGUUGAGAGUCCCCCAGCACCACAGGACGAUGCCCCCUCGGACCCAUCGGAGCGGUCCCAGCGCACCACGCUCAGCAGUACCUGCGCGGCCUGCCAGCAGCACGUCCAUCUGGUCCAGCGCUACCUGGCUGAGGGCAAGCUCUACCACCGCCAGUGCUUUAGGUGUAAGGAGUGCUCCAGCACACUGCUCCCGGGGUCAUACAAGCCCGGGUCAGAGGCAGGGACUUUUGUCUGCACGCAGCAUCGUGGUAAAUUGGCCAUGAGUGGGAAGGCAGAGAGGAGGCCCAGCCCAGACCGACGGUCGCCAGAGCUAAGAACUGAAACUGGGGCUGGCAGCGUGGGUGAGGAUGCCCUUCCCACAGGAGCAGAGGUGGGGAAGGAUGACGGUGACUCCCCGGAGAGUACGGCAGAGACCCAUAUGCCUGCAGAGGGGCUAGCUGGCCCAGCAGAGAAGAACAGCGCACCCAGCAAAGCAGAGACAGCGAUAUCCCCUCCUCACGCAGGCAGUGGGGCACCCGUCUCCCAAACUCCCCCCAGACCUCCCCUUCCCAGCAAGCCCACAAUGCUUACCCAGGACAAAGCCAGCUCGCUGGACGGACGGCUCAGAGACACACGGCCCACGCCUGCCCCAAGGAGGGCCACCGAUCUGUCAGCCCUCUCCCCUCCAACCUCUCACCCUGUCCCUCGGCCCAGGUCCACCCUCCAGGGCGAGGGCAGCGAGUGUGGACCUGGCAUGAUGAACGGUAGGGUACCUGAACCCAGCCCCCCUGUCCCAAAACCCCGAGGGAGACCCUGCUCCUCUGAUCGUGCUGGAGCUGCUGCGAGAGCCAAGGACCCACCGUGGAUGGCCUUGGUGCAAGCAGAGCCCAAGAAGAAGCCAGCUCCCCCUCCUCCCCCAGGCAGCAGCCAUGAGACUCCGAGUAGGACUUCAGAGGAGGAGGAUGGGGAGGAGGUGGGGAAAAGCAGGAGCGAGGAGAGCAGGUCUGAUGCCCCAGAGCCCAAACCGUACAACCCCUUUGAGGAGGAAGACGAGGAGGAAGAGGAGAGUGUUGCCACCCAAAAGAGCACGCCUGAGCAAGAGCAGAGCGAGACUGCUGCCAAGCCUCUCCACCCCUGGUACGGCAUCACUCCCACCAGCAGCCCAAAGGCGAAGAAGCGGCCAGCUCCUCGAGCCCCCAGUGCUUCCCCACUAGCCCACCACCCCAUCUCCAGGCUGUCACAUUCCGAGCCAUCAUCCUCCACCCCAUCUCCAGCCCUCAGCCUCGAGAGCAUCAACUCUGAGAGUUCAGCCAAGGUGCUGGGUGACACCGAUGAGGCCUCAGUGCCCAAAAGCUCCUCUGAGCCUACUGUCCACACACCGACGGCCACCAAGACCUCUAGCACUGACACACCACUGGCCAGCGUCUCCUCCAGUGAAAGCCCUGCUGCCCCAGCCAGCCUCUCCACCAACUCCUCCUUCUCCUCCUCCAGCGAGCUGGCCAGCUUCAGUGGGGAGGCACAGCCCAGCACCCCGCAUGCCAGCAGGAGCGUCUCCACCGGCAGCUUGAAGACCAGCCCCAGCCGGCUGCCCCCCAAACCUCCUGCUGGGGCUAGCCCUACACCCAUUCUCUUGGCUUCAGAUGGGGGUGCUGGGAGCCCUAAGACACCCUCCUCACCCAAGCCACAACUGAAGUCUUCCUGCAAAGAGAACCCCUUCAACCGAAAGCCAUCGCCUGCAGCCUCCCCCUCCGCAAAGAAACCUCCCAAGGGCUCCAAGCCAGUGCGUCCUCCUGCACCAGGUCAUGGCUUCCCACUGAUCAAACGCAAGGUGCAGACAGAUCAGUACAUCCCGGAGGAAGACAUCUAUGGGGAGAUGGAUGCCAUCGAGCACCAGCUGGACCAGCUGGAGCACCGUGGGGUGGCCUUGGAGGAAAAACUUCGCAGCGCUGAGAAUGACAACCCUGAGGACAGCCUGCUGGUGGACUGGUUCAAACUCAUCCAUGAGAAGCACAUGCUGGUGCGCCACGAAUCAGAGCUCAUCUACAUCUUCAAGCAGCAGAACCUGGAGCAGCGGCAGUCAGACGUGGAGUAUGAACUGCGUUGCCUCCUCAACAAGCCAGAGAAGGACUGGACCGAUGAGGACCGAGGGAGGGAGAAGGUGCUGAUGCAGGAGCUGGUGACCAUCAUUGAGCAGAGGAACGCCAUUGUGAACUGCCUGGACGAGGACCGGCAGAGAGAGGAGGAGGAGGAUAAAAUGCUGGAAGCCAUGAUUAAAAGGAAAGAAUUUCACAAGGAGACGGAGACCGAGAGCAAGAAGAAAGGCAAAUUCAAGCCCAUGAAGGUGCUUAAGCUGCUGGGCAACAAGCAUGACUCCAAGAGCAAGUCGCCAAAGGAGAAAAGCUAGAGCAGGGGAACACCAGCAGUGGGAGGGAUGUGCUGCCCGACUGCCCUGGCCUCUCCGCAGCUGGCUGGGACACCUGCCAGGAAGGGGGGCUUGUCUCCCUCCGCUCCCCUCGCCUCUCCCCCUGCUCCCUCCCCAGGCACCGGAGCUGCCGUCCCGGGGAGACGCCAGCCCUCUGCCCGGAGUGGGGGAGUCCGACCAAAGCGCUCCCCUUCCUGAGGCUGUGGAGGAGCCUGACUGUCCCCUCCGUGAAGCCUUGCUAACGAGGUGGGGAGAAGAUGGAUUCGCUUUUCGGAUACGUUACCCCAUUGCGUGUUCUUAACUGAGAAGCAAGCCAAGGAGUUUGGUGUUGCACUUGCACUAACUGCCCCCCGUCCCUUCUCCCGCUCUAACUGUGACAGUUCCACGUGCCUCCGACCUCUGCCGGGAAGGGACUGGACCUGCCUGUCCCUCCCUGCCCACCCGCUCUUGUCCCUUUUCUGUCCCAUUUUUUAACUUCAGGAGAAAACUCUGGCAUUAGAAUCAGGAUUCUUUGGGUCUUACUGGCCUAAGCUAAAAAUGUUAAGAAAACACUCCCGCAUCACAAGGCUGUAGAGCCAUAGCCAAAAAAAUAACUGGUGCCCUAUUUAUUUUGAGCUGUCCCCUCCCUCAUGAGCCAGGGCUGGGUGGGCUCCGUUACAGGGCUGAGAGGACCCAAGGGGACGGUGUACAGCUGCUAGGACGUAGCUCACGCGCCAUACUCAGGACAUCUUACCCCCCACUGCUGCUAAACACCGCUGACUCUGUUGCCUUUGGGGGGAGGGAGGAACGUUCCUUUUCCAGGCAAGGGCAGAAAAGCUCAAGACUGACUCAGUGCCAGCAAGGGGCACGAAGCUUGUGCCCCUGCUCACCAGUGCCACCCUUGAGCGGCUGGGGAGAGAGGUGUCGUCACAACUGACCUUUACUCAGCUUUAUCUGUGUACACUUUUAAAGUGUGCAGGGGUUGGCUGGUUAUUUUUUACACCUCCUUUACUGGAUGAAUUCAAACCCACCCUAGAACUUUUUAAACCCCUUAUUUUAUUUGUCAUGUGUGUGUGCGUGUGUGUACAUUGGAGGAGGGAAUGGGCGGGGCAGUGUUCUUCCAACCAUCCCUUCUUCCUUCCAUUUUUGUUUCCUGCCUUCUCCUCCAAGGCGAGGAGCUAUUUAUUGAAUUGUUGGAUCGGUCUGAAUUAGAGUUACAAGGGUGUUUGGUUGGUCAGCUGUUCAUCAUGCCUUCUCAUUAGCAAAUUAGACAUAACCAGCCCCGAGCAAACUGCUGCAGUCCCUUCUAAAAACCCAACAGGCUUUAGCCAAAACGCUCUCGGAGCAGUGCCUUGCAAGGUGGCUGGCGUAGCAUUCUGGAAAGGGAUCCUCGUUUCCCAAAACCUGAGGGACCCCAGCCCCUCCUCAAUCCCAGCAUGGCCCCCGUGGCUGGGAGGUGGCAAGCUCAGCCCCACGCUGGUGACGCCAUCUCACUCUUGCCAUACUCCAGCAGGCUGAUGAGGAGCAGUGGGCGGGAAGGGGAGAUCCCAAAGCACAGCUCUUUUCCAAGGAGAAACACAUCUGCUUUAGAGCCUGCUGUCGCGUCACUGUUGCCAAAGGCCAUCGGGAUCGCUGCAGCCUGACACCGCUUGGCCCCGCGCCCGGUCAGAACUCUGAUUUGUAAAUUAUACUGUACUAACUCCGUGACUUCCAUUCACCUGAACAGAAAUAAAAGAAACGCUGGAUUUAAAAACCGA